UGGGCGUGGUCACGUUCCCCUGCUAACCUAGCUCUCCGGCUAACACUAAAGAUCCAUCUGACAGGGCUUUGAGAGGAAGAAGGAGACACUUCUGCUCCACCUUACCCCCACUACUUAUUCUGUGGAAAGCUUCAGUAUCGCUGUACGGUCGAGAGACGGUGAAAAGAAUGGGGACGCGAGAUGACGAGUACGAUUACCUGUUUAAAGUGGUGCUGAUCGGGGACUCUGGCGUAGGGAAGAGUAACCUGCUGUCCCGCUUCACCCGCAACGAGUUCAACCUGGAGAGCAAGAGCACGAUAGGCGUGGAGUUCGCCACGCGCAGCAUCCAAGUGGACGGCAAGACGGUGAAGGCGCAGAUAUGGGACACGGCCGGCCAGGAGCGGUACCGCGCCAUCACCUCAGCGUACUACCGCGGGGCGGUGGGCGCGCUGCUGGUGUACGACAUCGCCAAGCACCUGACCUACGAGAAUGUGGAGCGCUGGCUGAAGGAGCUGAGGGACCACGCCGACAGCAACAUCGUCAUCAUGCUGGUGGGCAACAAGAGCGACCUGCGCCACCUGCGGGCGGUGCCUACGGACGAGGCCAGAGCCUUUGCGGAGAAAAAUGGCGUUUCAUUUCUUGAAACCUCAGCUCUGGAUUCCACUAAUGUGGAGACGGCAUUCCAAACCAUACUCACUGCCAUCUACCACAUUGUGUCUCAGAAGCAGAUGGCGGACAAGCGGGACAACGACAUGUCGCCCAGCAACAACGUGGUCAACAUCCAGGUGCAGCCCACGGAGAACAAACCAAAGAUGCAGUGCUGUCAAAGCAUCUAGGACGCAUGGAGCCACAUUCCAACAAGAGCCGGCACCCCCCCACCACCUCCUCCUCCUCCUCCUCCUCCUCCUCCACCACCACUACCACCGAUAAACAACAGCGGCGCUGAGAUCCAGCUGGCACGCUGAUAGCAGAUAGCGGCGGGGCGGCUGUGGUUGAUGCCCUGUAUCCCAACGGAAAGAAUAGAAGAAAAAAAAAAAAACACCCGCAGUUAGAAUUACGCAGCUUCUCCCCAUGCCAUGAAAGCUUUUAUUUAGCAACGUUUUAAUCAUCAAAUCCACUCCACGCUGUUCCUAGGUAUAUCUUAGCGUUUUGUUUUAUCUGUGAUCUUGAACUCGGCUUCUGACGUGUUGUCUUCUCUCUGGCUUCGUGGUCCCCGGCGGGAGGAGGUCGUGUUUGGCUCGCAGCUUUCCCCCACGUGGCCGUCGGGUUAUUGGUUUUCUCUCUUCCUUUCUUUUUGUACUGUGGGGAAGGACAAGGGCUCCGUGCUUACUGAACUUUCUACGUGCAAUCCAUUCAACGUACACACUUUCCUUUCGAAUCACGUCUCCCGAUGGCACCAUGAUUUGGGAUGCCACCGCUUAAAUCCCCUCUCUUCUGCCUGUGUACCUCUUUGAUUUGCUUGUCUCACUCUCUGCCUCAUGUUUCUGUUGCCAGGCCAUUGACCUUGCCAUGUCCUUAAUCAGCACUCGAAGGUCGUGGAGAUUGUGCUGAGCGGUGCAACUUCAAACCCUCUUUUUGAAAUGUAACAAAUUAUAAUUAUUAAUUAUUAUUCUUCGCAAUACAUAUUCACUCUUACGAUCUGAAUGUUCUUAGUUUACCGGUUGCUGUGUGAGGGACCCUGGACCGUCUGUAGUCAAGUGCAUGUUCAAUAGGGUUUUACAAGACUCGUACUGUGCCCAUUUCAAGCCUGCACAGGGAUAUCAGACACAAUGCCUCGACGGUUUCAAAGUAGAACAACCCUAUUUAAUUCUGGAAAGUAGAAAUGGCUGAAAAAUAUUGAACGACCCAUUAUGCAUUGACCCAACGUUGGAACAGUUCAGACGCUGUUCUGCAUCCAGAGCAGGUUGAGAACACAAUAGAGGUGUUAUGAGCCUCGACUGGUGGAACCACUACUUCUCCUAUACUCGAACAGCGGCUGCCAUGGCUUAACGUUAGUGUCCAGACAUACUAGGACACCUCGUGUCUCACCCUCACCGACUUGGGUUCAGUCAUCACCACUCCUUCCCGGAGUCACGAGUCGCCCGUGUAUAGCCACAUCGGGAAUCGGCCGUCAACGUUCCCGAAUGUUAACAGCACAACACUACUGGUUGCUCAGGAUCAACGGCGGCAAUAAAGCCUCGCUCUGCCGCGAUGUUUCCCCCCCUCCCCUCCCCCCACUUGAAUGAAGGCUGCUGUGUUCUGUCGUGGUGCGCUGGGUUCACACUGACUCUGUCUGGCUGGACGCGGCCCAGAGCUGCUUCCUCCCACCUGGAGGACCUCUACCCAUCUCACUCCAUUUUGUUUUAGGUAUGAACUGUUGGCAGGCUGCACUUUAUCUCUGAGUGUGUGUGGUGUGGUGUGCUGCAGCUGACUGUUAGAUCUAUAUAUAUAUAUAUAUAUAUAUACAUAUAUAAAUACAACCUGUUGUGUCCCCCUCCCCCUUCUUUUUUUAAUUUGCACUGACCGCAAAGCAUGCAUCUGUAUCACGAAGAACGCACUACAGUUAAUGUCUACAUGUAUGAUUUUGAUUAAAUUUUUGGUUGCAUCCUUGUUUUGAUUGCUGGCGAUACGGUGAUAACAUUAAGCGCUCCUCUCUGAUUGUAAGUGGCUUCACAAGUGCCUAGGGAAAGACUUUAAAUUCUGUCUUGUACCGUGACCAUCUGCCUAGGAAAGGGUGCACCACUCGCGUGUGUGUGUCUGUGUGUGUCUGUGUGCGUCCGUGUGUGGAAGUGGAGGUGCCCAUGAUGUGGACCCACAGAUGGCACCGUCAUAUCCACUUAAAUAUAAAGUCGGUAUACAAUGAAUGUGACGUUUGACUCGUUUUUCAUUUCUCUUUUCAUUUUUCCAUAUGUAUGUGCUUGUGUGUGGUUUUGGUUUUCAUGAGAAUCUGUUAAUUUCCUGAGCCAGGGUGGGGGUGGUAAUUGGGUGAUCGCUGCCAGCAGAGACUUUACAUUUCUUUUAAUGUAUAUACCAAAAAACAACAAGCAGCAUUGCACCGACAGCAACUGGUAACACCUUCCGUGGAGGGAACAAAAGGUUUUCCCCGGUCAAACAUGGGUUUAUAAAGUUACUGCGGUGGUCUCAGGAUGCCUUGGGUCGGCCCCGGGGACACGGUCUCCUUGGGUCGAUUGUCAACAUGUUAUUGCUUCUACAAGGAGGUGAGAUGGAAUUCACAUAGUGAACGAAUAGGUUCAAUAAAGCAGUAGAAAGGUAAGCCUCAUCAAAAUGUAAAAUAUACUACACAUGGUUCUUUUUUAUAUAUAGUUCCAUUUGUAAUUAUCACACAGGGUAACCGGGACUCCAGACGGGCCGCCUCGCUCCUGACCUUUAGAGAACAGUUUUAGCACUUGAAAAAACUGCACAAAUGACAUUGCACAAGAUAAUUUGUGUUAUCUACAUUGUUGGAUACCCAUUAUCUCAUGCGCAUAUAUAUAUAUAUCUUUAGUAUUCUAAUCUCACAUUAACAAAAUUCACCAUUACCAAUAUAAAUCAAUACAUGAAGAAAAUGGCAUAAAUACAAACCUAAGAGCUACCAAAACUCCACCUCAACACCCAUGUUGAUACAAUUUGAUUAAAACAAAGAAAAUACCUGGACAUACAAUACUAAACGGCACAUCGGAAAUCCUUUGUUUGUCCGAAUCCCACCUAUGAAGGUAACGGUGGAUAACGCUCAUGAAUGCACAACCUCCCUUGAAACAGCAAGCU